AUGUCUGGAGCCGGUGAGGAGGACAAGAAGCCCGCGGAGGGCGGCGCCCACAUCAACCUGAAGGUCAAGGGUCAGGAUGGCAAUGAGGUGUUUUUCCGUAUCAAGAGGUCCACCCAGCUGAAGAAGCUGAUGAAUGCCUAUUGCGACCGCCAGUCUGUGGACAUGAAUGCAAUUGCAUUCCUGUUUGAUGGCCGCAGGCUUCGCGGCGAGCAGACCCCAGAUGAGCUGGAAAUGGAAGACGGCGACGAGAUCGACGCCAUGCUUCACCAGACUGGAGGCAGUGUCCCCGGCGCCUAG